AUGGCCUGGGCAGCCAAUCCAUUCUUCACUGCACGACAGCAGGCGAGUCCAGAUCCAGAGGCUUCCGCUCCAAUAACUGAAAGCGUACGAAAAGGCUUCUUGAGUCCUAGUGAAAAGAUCACUGGCCAUCAAAUAUUUUACCUGCUCGUGCCCCAUGGCUUCAUUGCUGCAAUCAUAUCGGGGGUCAUCAACUUGGCCAUUGCUGUUGGAAUGUACGGCACAACAAAACAAUCUAUCAACCUGUUUCAAUUCCCCAACACUCUGGUGGGCGAUGCCACAGUUACCAUUAUCCUGCAGUGCAUCAUCACCUGGCUGGCGGAGCUCGCGCUGGUCAACCAAGACCUCAAGCACUCGCGCGUCCAGUCCAUUGGGAGUUUCAGCGAACCCAAAAAUCGCCUGAUCCGCUGGUUCAUGUUUCUGGACCGGACCGACGACGCAAAGUACGAGGGCGGAUGUCUGGCGCACUGGAUGGUGUUUCUUUUUUCGCAGGUCCUGCGCGCCCUUCUCAUUGCCGUCGCCACCUUUGCCCUCUUCAUUGGCCCCACCAUUGGCUUCAUGACGCUGGUGGGCACGCGCAACGGCGGCGACUGGACCUAUGUCGGCACUGUUCACCCGUCGCUUCACACCUGGGUGCCCAUGAUGUUCAAGGGUAUUCUAGGGGCCUCGGUUGGUCUCCUGACGACACCAUUGUUUGCCAUGUUCUGGUUGGUGCGGUGUGGGUGGGCGUUGAUACGGAAUGAAAAGCAUUAUGGCGAGUGCUGA